UCAACAAUACCUCAUUUUUUGAGCAUUUAGUCGAAUGAAUGCUGUAGCCAGUUUAGCGUUUUGAAGUUAAAUCUUUGUGCCUUUUGACUUUUCGUUGACGUUACGUUCAUUUUUAUAUUGCUGUUUUAGCAGAUGACUGCUCGUUGAUAAUUUUAUAACGGUGAAAACAAAUACUAUACCUAACUUAAAAAAUGGCAGCUAGACGGACAGGACAACUGACCGAAGAUUUAUCGCACGUCGAGUUCGAGACUAGUGAAGAUGUCGAAGUACUUACGACAUUCGAUAAUAUGAAGCUUCGGGAAGACUUGGUUCGUGGAAUAUACUCAUACGGUUUUGAACGUCCAUCAGCGAUCCAACAAAGAGCCAUUAAGCCUAUGAUCAAAGGGCGCGAUGUCAUUGCUCAGGCUCAAUCAGGAACGGGUAAAACAGCCACAUUUUCUAUUGCGAUGUUACAAUCUAUAGACAGCCAGUUAAGAGAUACACAAGUGUUAUGUUUAUCGCCAACUCGAGAGCUCGCUGUACAAAUCCAAAAGGUAGUUUUGGCGUUGGGCGAUUAUCUUAAUGUUCAGUGCCAUGCGUGCAUUGGUGGUACUAAUCUCGGAGAAGACUUAAGAAAAUUGGAUUUUGGGCAACAUAUUGUUUCUGGUACUCCUGGACGUGUGUUUGAUAUGAUUAGACGUAAAGCAUUGCGUACUCGUAAUAUUAAGACGUUGGUGUUGGAUGAAGCUGAUGAAAUGUUAAACAAAGGAUUUAAAGAACAAAUAUAUGAUGUUUAUCGUUUCUUGCCACCUGCUACUCAAGUUAUUCUAAUAUCAGCCACUUUACCACACGAAAUAUUAGAAAUGACAAACAAAUUUAUGACUGAUCCAAUCAGAAUCUUAGUGAAACGUGAUGAAUUGACACUUGAAGGAAUUAAACAGUUCUUUGUAGCAGUUGAACGUGAAGAAUGGAAAUUUGAUACCUUAUGUGACUUGUAUGAUACACUAACUAUAACUCAAGCAGUUAUUUUUUGCAGUACUAAGAGGAAGGUUGAUUGGUUGACAGAAAAAAUGAGGGAGUCAAAUUUUACUGUAAGUUCAAUGCAUGGAGACAUGCCUCAAAAAGAAAGGGAUGCUAUUAUGAAAGAAUUUCGUGCUGGACAAACGCGAGUUUUGAUUACAACAGAUAUUUGGGCUCGUGGAAUAGAUGUACAACAAGUUUCUUUGGUUAUAAAUUAUGAUUUACCAAACAACCGUGAAUUGUAUAUACACAGAAUUGGCCGUUCUGGAAGAUUUGGUCGCAAAGGUGUGGCAAUAAAUUUUGUUAAAAGUGAUGACAUAAGGAUUUUACGUGAUAUUGAACAAUAUUACUCCACACAAAUUGAUGAAAUGCCGAUGAAUGUUGCUGAUUUGAUAUGAAGACAUG